AUGUCGACCGCCGGAGUCAGCAACGGCACCAUGUUGUCGGAUCUGCCUCCCUUGCCCGCGUACACGACCGCCCCGAUACCUGACCUGCUGCCCUUCAUUUCCGACUUCUGGCUGUCGGUCAUCGGCCCACACAUUGCUUACUGGGUCGUGUCCUGCGUCUUCCACAUCAUCGACGUCUACGACCUCUUCCCCCAGUACCGCCUGCACACCCCCGAGGAGAUCGCCCAGCGGAACCUCGCCUCCAGAUGGCAGGUUGCACGGGAUGUCAUCAUCGAGCAGAUCAUCCAGAUGGCCACCGCCGCCUUCCUGUCGCUUACGGAGCCUGAGCAGGUGACGGGCAUGGAGAACUACGAUGUUGCCGUCUGGGCCACCAGGAUCCGCCUCGCGCAGAGGGCUCUGCCAUCUGUGCUGGGCUUGAUUGGACUCAAUGCCGCGGUCAUCUCCAAGAACAUGUCGGCCUCGCACCCACUGCUCGCCGGUGCCCUGGCCGGUGGCAAGUAUCCAUUCUUGACCAGCUUCGACGCGACUGCGGAUGUGUCGGUACCGGCCUUUGCGACCUGGGAGCUGGUGCUGGCCAAGGCGAUAUAUUGGUUGAUCAUCCCUGCCUUCCAAUUCUGGGUUGCCGUGGCUUUCUUGGACUCGUGGCAGUACUUUUGGCACCGCGCAAUGCAUGUCAACAAGUGGAUGUACACCAACUGGCACGCCCGCCACCACCGUCUCUAUGUCCCCUACGCUUACGGCGCACUAUACAACCACCCUGUUGAGGGCUUCGUGCUCGACACCGCAGGCGCGGGCCUUGCCUACAAAGUUUCGAUGAUGUCUCCACGAAUGUCCAUCUUCUUCUAUAUCGGCAGCACAAUGAAGACCGUCGAUGACCACUGCGGAUAUGCCCUGCCCUGGGACCCUCUGCAGAAUAUCACGAGCAACAACGCCACCUACCACGAUAUCCACCACCAGAGCUGGGGUAUCAAGACCAACUUCAGCCAGCCCUUCUUCACCGCCUGGGACCGGUGGCUUGGUACUAUGUGGCAGGGCGACACAAGCUUGAAGUACGAGAGGACGAGGGAAAACGCCCGUCUGAAGGGCGAGAAGAAGUCAGCCGCAGCCACUCAGUAA